UUUCCUUCGUCCUGAACCUCACCACCGGUAACUUCCGAAGCUAGCCAUCUUCCUUCCUCGGCUAUUGUUGCUCCUUCAGGGGAGGAGAAAAUCUUGAGUCCGGACGCAGCUUGAAGGGUUGUUUUCCUGGAUUCUGGGAGGCAUAGUGUGAGUGCUCGCAUUUCUUCACCAACAAGAGGAGGAAAAUAAUCUUGAGGAGGGAAGACUGCCAUGGAGACCAGAUUGGAUCUGGGCGGGAAUUUGAUCAAGCCCAUAAAGAUCUGCAUGAUCGGUGCCGGGGGCUUCAUCGGUUCGCAUCUCUGCGAGAAGCUAAUGACGGAGACGCCGCACACGAUUCUGGCAGUUGACGUUUAUAAUGAUAAGAUAAAGCACUUGUUAGAACAACCGGCUGGGUACCAGCCCCAUCUCUGGGCUGGCCGUAUACAAUUCCAUCGCCUUAACAUCAAAAAUGACCCUAGGCUUGAAUGCCUCAUCAAAUUGUCCGAUCUGACGAUCAACCUUGCUGCCAUUUGCACUCCGGCUGAUUAUAACACGCGUCCGCUUGACACCAUUUACAGCAAUUUUAUCGACGCCCUUCCAGUGGUCCGAUAUUGUUCCGAGAACGGCAAGCGUUUGAUUCACUUCUCUACUUGUGAAGUGUAUGGAAAAACGAUCAGUAGCUUCCUCCCCAGGGAUGACCCCCUUCGUAAGGAGCCGGAGUUUUAUGUCCUCAAAGAGGAUGUCUCACCUUGCAUUUAUGGCCCCAUUGAGAAACAGAGGUGGUCGUAUGCUUGUGCCAAGCAACUCCUGGAAAGAUUUAUAUAUGCUGAGGGUGCAGAGAAUGGUCUCGAGUUUACUAUUGUGAGACCUUUCAACUGGAUUGGGCCAAGGAUGGACUUUAUUCCUGGCGUUGAUGGUCCCAGUGAGGGUGUGCCCAGAGUUUUGGCAUGCUUCAGCAAUAAUCUUCUUCGUCGUGAGCCUUUGAAGCUUGUUGAUGGCGGGCAAUCUCAACGAACAUUCGUGUACAUCAAAGAUGCUAUUGAAGCUGUUCUUUUGAUGAUUGAAAAUCCUGAUCGAGCAAAUGGCCACACCUUUAAUGUUGGGAAUCCUAACAAUGAAGUCACAGUCAAGCAACUUGCAGAAAUUAUGACACAGGUGUACUCUAAGGUAUCUGGGGAGCCUCCGCUUGAGGUUCCAACCAUUGAUGUCACCUCGGAGGAGUUUUACGGGGAAGGAUAUGAUGACAGCGACAGAAGGAUUCCGGACAUGACUAUAAUCAAUAGACAAUUGGGUUGGAAUCCGAAGACAUCUCUGCAUGACCUGCUGGAUUCGACGUUGACUUACCAGCACAAAACGUACGCAGAAGCCAUCAAGAAGGUAAUGAGGAAACCUACUGCAACCAGUUAGGAAGAUUUACAUGCCAGGAUUUUGUGGCAAAGUUUAAAUGGAUGUUUUGGUUAGACAUCGCACUGGUGCACCUAUUGAAGUCUUCUGUGCAAACAUAUAUAUUAAUUUCUUUCAAUUAAUUUUCAUUUGAUUA